GGUGCACAUUCCACUUGUUUGUUCUUGUAUCAUCACAAACAUCAUCUUCCUCCAAAGUUGAAAUCAUUUAGUUUCUACUUAUAAUUCCCGAUAAGACGGUGAGUGAACGAGUUAAGAAGAUAUAGAAAUGGCGUCGAGUGAUGAAAAGCCGGGGCUGAUGCCAGGAGCAGAUGACGGGACGACACCAGGGAAGGCAUUAACAAUGGGGCAUCAGAUAAUGGACAAAGGAUCAAAGCUGAUGCAGUCUUUGAAACCUAUUAAUAAGAUAAGCGAGCAUGUUACCACCUUCUCGGUUUAUAGCCAAAACAUAUCUCGACAGAUUGAGACUCAUCAUUUUAUUUCUAGACUUAAUCAAGAUUUCUGCCAAUGUGCUGUUUAUGACUCUCAUCUUCCCAGUGCUCGUCUUAUUGGAAUUGAGUACAUAAUAUCUGAGAAAAUAUUUGAAUCGCUUCCACUAGAUGAACAGAAAUUGUGGCACUCCCAUGCAUACGAGAUAAAAGCAGGACUUUGGGUAAAUCCUGGUGUUCCAGGAAUGAUUCAGAACCCGGAGCUCCAAACAUUCGCUAAAACUUAUGGCAAAUUUUGGUGCACCUGGCAAGUUGACCGAGGGGAUAAGCUACCAUUAGGUGCACCGGCGCUUAUGAUGUCCCCUCAAUCAGAAAACAGAAUAUGCACGGAAUUGAUCAAGAAAAGAGACGAGAAAUAUCAAGUGUUAAAUGAGAGUUUGAUUUCAUCAAGAUCUAAUAUUGAAGAGCCACAACCGUUGAUUUCAUAUGCAGAUCACUGGAGACAAUCAGGGAAGGGAUUUGCUAUUGAUAUACAAAAUACUGAUAUGAAAUUAAAUUAGUUAAUAGGCAAACCUAAAACAUUGAGAUUUCAAUGCGUCAAAAACACUUGUAAUUUUUACACUGGCUAAUUGUUUUCCAAGUUUUCUUACCAUUUUGUAAGCAAAUACUAUAGACGUCU